AUGCCAACGCUAUAUAGCAACGAAGCAUCCGGUAACAGCUACAAAGCCCGCCUCCUAGCCUCAUUCCUCGACAUCCCACUCGACAUAAUUCAAGUCGACCUUCGCCACGGCGAGCAGCGAGGAGAGAAGUUCCUCUUCCUUAACCCCAAGGGCGAAGUCCCAACCCUAGUUGACGGGGACCUUGUCCUCACAGACUCCGCCGCAAUCCUGGUCUAUCUAGCGGGGAAGUACCACAACCCAGAUGGCAAUGGCUGGUGGUCCACGGACGUUAUGGAACAAGCGCUCAUCACAAACUGGCUCGCUUUCGCAGCUAGUUGA